AGACACGCACUUUCUCCCUCAUCUCUCUCUCUCUCUCUCUCUCUUCCGGCUCCCAGAAAAAAUAAGGUGUCGUGUGUUUCUGGAGAACCGACUCUUUGGCGCUGUGCCGAGGCUUAUUCAGUUGCCGAAAAAAUACUUUUCAGCAUUUUCUUCGUCGGUCUUCAAAAAAGACAAACCAAGAAAUGCUGAAAAAAAAUGUUCACGAAUCGAAAUUCUCGUUCUCCGAUUCGCCUCUUCGCCUCUUCGCCUCGAUAAACGAGGAUCGAAUAUUUAAAGCUCCUCCGUCAGUUAUUGUAUAUUAAAAAAAGGAUCUUUACACCUUCCAAUAUGGAUAAUAAUAAUAACAAUAAUAAAGGCGUCGUCUUAUUGGAUAGAUACGAGUUAGGGAGGUUAUUAGGGCAAGGCACGUUCGCGAAAGUUUUCUACGCGAGAAGUGUCCAAACGGGGCAGAGUGUGGCGAUUAAAGUAAUCGACAAGCUGAAGAUAACGAAAGUAGGCGUCGUCGAUCAAAUCAAACGAGAGAUAUCGAUCAUGAGGCUCGUAAAGCACCCUAAUAUAGUUCAUCUCCACGAAGUAAUGGCGACGAAGACAAAAAUAUAUUUCGUGAUGGAAUACGCUAAAGGCGGCGAGCUUUUCCACAAAGUGUCGAAGGGGAAGUUGAAAGAAGACGUCGCGAGAAAAUAUUUUCAACAGUUGAUAAACGCGGUCGAUUUUUGCCAUAGUAGGGGAGUCUACCACCGAGAUUUAAAACCCGAGAAUAUUUUAUUGGACGAAAAUGAAAAUCUUAAAGUUUCGGAUUUCGGUCUCAGUGCGCUGGCAGAGACGAGGAGAUCGGACGGUUUACUUCACACUACUUGUGGGACCCCCGCUUAUGUGGCGCCGGAGGUAAUCGACAGGAAAGGGUAUAACGGUACUUCGGCGGAUAUUUGGUCUUGUGGGGUUAUUCUUUUUGUGUUGUUGGCCGGUUAUCUUCCGUUUCACGAUUCGAAUUUGAUGGAGAUGUACCGGAAAAUUGCUCGGGCGGAAUUCAGAUUCCCGAGUUGGUUUUCGCCUGAAGCACGGAGGCUAAUUUUGAGGCUGCUCGAUCCGAAUCCGAACACUAGAAUUUCGGUAGCGAGAAUUAAAGGUAGUUCUUGGUUCAAACGGGAAUUGAAGUCGAAAGCGACGAAAACAAACGAUCCGCAGAGUAGUGUAGUAGAAGAAGAAGGUUCUCGAGAGAGAGAAAUUGUCGAUUCCGAAUCGAGGCUUUCGAAUUUGAACGCGUUUGAUAUUAUUUCCUUAUCGGAAGGGUUCAAUCUCUCGAGAUUGUUCGAGGAGAGUCGUCGUCGUGCGGAUAGAGAAACACGGUUUGUUUCUAGGAAACCCGCAUGCGCGAUUAUAUCAAAGCUCGAGGAAGUGGCGAAGCAUGUGAAGAUGAAGAUAAACAAGAAAGACGGAGGGUUGUUUAAGUUCGAAGGAACGAAGGAGGGUAGAAAGGGAAUUUUGUCGAUCGAAGCCGAGAUAUUUGUGCUGGCUCAAUCUCUUCAUUUGGUCGAAGUGAAGAAAACGAGUGGGGAUACUUUGGAAUAUCGGAGGGUAUUGGACGAGGGUUUAAGACCGGGGUUACAAGACAUUGUUUGGUCUUCAAUGAGUGAAGUACAACAGUUGAAGCAAGAGGAAGAUUCAUUACAGAAGCAGCCAUUGUUGAUGCGGGAUCGAAUACCUUGAUUUUGAGGCUGAGUUUUUUUCUUUCGUUUUUUCGGGUUUUUUUUUUUUUUUUUUUUUUUAUCAUUAUUUUUGUACACACUAUAUAGUAUAUAGUUAUUAUAUAUAUUAGGUACAGGCCAUUGAAAUGGUUUCCCUUGUUUUUCUAGACCAUGAUGAGUGUGUGUGUAUAAAAGAAAAUUUUGUUGAUGCAAGUUAUUCU